AUGGCGCAAUGCCCCUCCUCCUCUACCCAGCCCACGCGGAGACUCGCCUCUAGGCCCCGCAGCUGUGCAGAUAUAGACGAAGAGGAAGUGAAACAUCUUAAACGUGAUUUGGAAAAGAGACGACACAGAACAACAGUCACAGGAGACUUGACAAGCAUGAAGCCACAAAGGAGCACAUCACCCCACACAGUCACACCAGGGAACAAGAGCACAUCACCCCACACAGCCACACCAGGGAACACGAGCACAUCAUCCUACACAGCCACACCAGGGAACAAGAGCACGUCAUCCCACACAGCCACACCAGGGAACACGAGCACAUCACCCCACACAGCCACACCAGGGAACAAGAGCACGUCAUCCCACACAGCCACACCAGGGAACACGAGCACAUCAUCCUACACAGCCACACCAGGGAACAAGAGCACAUCACCCCACACAGCCACACCAGGGAACACGAGCACGUCACCCCACACAGCCACACCAGGGAACAAGAGCACGUCAUCCCACACAGCCACACCAGGGAACACGAGCACAUCAUCCUACACAGCCACACCAGGGAACAAGAGCACGUCACCCCACACAGCCACACCAGGGAACAAGAGCACGUCACCCCACACAGCCACACCAGACACAGCCACACCAGGGAACAACAGCCACACCAGGGAACAAGAGCACGUCACCCCACACAGCCACACCAGGGAACAAGAGCACGUCACCCCACACAGCCACACCAGGGAACAAGAGCACGUCACCCCACACAGCCACACCAGGGAACAAGAGCACCCGCCUCUCCAGGGUGAUGAUUAA